GUCCUGAGAGUGGAAGCGGCCUAGAGGCCUCAGAGGCGCCGGAAGAGAGCAGAAACAACGGCGGCGCGUGGCGUUUCCUUCCCUCUCCUUCAGAGAAGAUCGUGAAAAUGGCUGAAAAUGGAGACAGUGAAACCAUGUCUGAUUUAGAAAUGAAGGUGUGCCAGCAAAUUGAGUACUACUUUGGCGAUUACAAUUUACCACGAGACAAAUUUCUUCAGGAGCAGAUCAAACUGGACGAUGGCUGGGUGACUUUAGAAACACUAAUCAAAUUCAACAGGUUAAAUCGCCUUACAAAAGACUUUGAUGUAAUAGUGGCGGCAUUAAAAAAAUCAAAGACUGGGCUUAUAGAAGUUAGUGAAGAAAAGACUAAAAUUCGAAGGUCUCCAAACAAACCGCAGCCUGAAGUAACAGAGCAAUACAGGAAUGCAGUUAAAAACAGAUCUGUGUAUAUUAAAGGCUUUCCAGUAGAUACAACUCUAGAUGAUAUCAAAGAAUGGAUAGAUUCAAAAGCCAAAGUAGAAAAUAUUCAGAUGAGAAAGACAAUUCAGAAAACAUUCAAGGGAUCCGUAUUUGUAGUAUUUGAUACUGUUGAAUCUGCCAAGGCAUUUGUCGAGACUCCAAACCAGAAGUUCAAAGACACAGAGCUGUUUAUUGCUUCCAAGGAAGAUUACUUUGUAAAGAAGAAUGAAAACAGAAGACAGCACAAAUUGGAAGCAAAAGCAAAAGCCAAACAGGAGAAGGAAGAGAAACAGAAGCAAGCAGAAGAUGCCGAAAUGAAAUCCCUACAGGAAGCACAGGGAUACUUGUUGAAAUUCUUCGGAGACCUGGAAGAUCAGACUUGUCGAGAAGAUCUCCAUUCAGUUUUUUCUGAUCAUGGCGAAAUCAAAUGGAUAAGCUUUGUCCGGGGCGCAAAAGAGGGAGUUAUCCUGUUCAAGAGUAACGCAAAAGAAAUACUAGACAAAGCCAAAGAAGCAAAUGAUGGCAGUCUACAGCUGCGAGGCAAAGAUGUUACAUGGGAAGUGAUCGAAGGAGAUGGUGCAAGAGAAGCACUGAAAAAAAUUAUGGACGAACAGCAAGAAUUGCUAAAUAGAAGGCAAGGAAAAGGUCGUAAAGUUAAAUACAACAAGGGAUCUCAAGGAGCACAAGACAAAAAAGUGAAAUUUCAAGGCAAGAAAACAAAAUUUGAGAGUGAAGAUGAAGAGGAGGCUGAAGGCAAUAAUACAAAAGGGCCGGCAAGUCCAAAGAAAAGGCCACUUGCAGAUGUCACCCCUGAAGAUCCUGCCCCAAAGCAGAUAAAAACAGAAAAUGGAGAUGAAGAUAUGGAAUAGCACUCCAAAAAGAUUUUUUUAUUCUUCUAAAAAAGUUUUAUGUCAUUCCUCCAUUCAUCUUUUUGUCACAAGUGAAUCUAAUAAAAUCAACCUCGAUGUCCA